AUUCUAUUACAUUGGACCAAUUUUAGUUCAAAAACUUUUAAACCAAAUUAUAUUCCUGUUUUUGCAACAUUAUUUUGGGAUUUUAAAUGCACAGGAUCAAAUCGUUUUUAAGUGGUCAGGAACCAAGCACUGGGGAACUUUUAUGAGUUUCCUUAAUUUAGUAUAGUUUCCAACUUGUGGAAGACACUUUUACACUGAAUGUUAAAAUAAAUUAGUCCACACAUACCCGACAACACCAAAUACAUCUAGUUUCAAAGGGCAAACGUCUUCCUCCACUCUGCUUUGUAUCCUUUUCUCAGUCAUUGCCACCAACUUUAUUUAGAAAAUGGAGGAGUCUCUUUCUUCGCUUGGCGUGCGCAGCGCGUCCAUUGGCGCUGUUUUAGCAGCUGUGCGCCAGUAGGCCGCCCGAACACAUGGGUGGAGGUCUGGAUCUGGGUGGAGUUAAGAAGGCUAUCUGUGACACACACUGACAACUGGGAAACCUCCCGCACCAAACUAACAGGUGUCCUCCUCCUUCAGAGCCCACAGUCACAUCUCCGGGGGGGCCGCCUGCCUACGACGCACAGUCUCUGUUCCAACUGAUCUCAACGCUGCGCUUUACUUUAUCUGAACCUCACUCACUUCAAGGAAAGUCGCUUUAACACCCAGCUAAAAAAACAAAAAAUGAUGCACUCGUCACAGAAAGACACCACGUUCACCAAGAUCUUUGUGGGAGGUCUUCCUUAUCACACAACGGACUCGAGUCUCAGGAAAUACUUCGAGGUGUUUGGAGACAUCGAGGAGGCGGUUGUCAUCACCGAUCGGCAGACGGGGAAAUCCAGAGGUUAUGGAUUUGUGACCAUGGGAGACCGGGGCUCUGCUGACCGAGCCUGCAAGGACCCCAACCCCAUAAUAGAUGGCAGGAAAGCCAAUGUGAACCUGGCCUACCUGGGGGCCAAGCCCAGGGUCAUACAGCCAGGUGAGGGACUGGACUACAGCUUUGUUUCCCAACUUCAAGAUAAUCAAGGAUUUGCAUUCGGCAUGCCUCAGAUCCAUCCAGCUUUCAUCCAAAGGCCUUACGGAGUCCCUGCACACUACGUCUACCCUCAGGCCUUUGUCCAACCCAGCAUGAUGAUCCCGCACGUGCAACCUUCUGCUGCUACAGCGACAGCUGCAGCUGCCACUUCCCCAUACCUUGACUAUACCGGAGCAGCGUAUGCCCAGUACUCAGCCGCUGCCACCGCUGCAGCCGCCGCCGCCGCUGCGUACGAGCAGUAUCCCUACGCAGCCUCACCAGCACCAACAAGCUACAUGACUACAGCAGGGUACGGAUACACUGUCCAGCAGCCACUCGCCGCUGCUGCCACCCCAGGAGCUGCCGCCGCCGCUGCCGCAUUCAGCCAGUACCAACCUCAGCAGCUCCAGACAGACCGCAUGCAGUAGAGAAAUAAAAGAUGCGGGGGAGGUCACAAAGUUAUGAUGGGGAAAGGUCGCAGGGGCUGAAAGUUUUAGCUUAGCAGUCCUUCUACCAAAGAGCCUGAAGAAAACCAGCAAUAAUGUGGAGAAAAGUGAGGGAUUAAUGUACAUUUUAUUCAUGUGAGAUCAGUAUUUUGUCACUGUUGAACGUGUGUGAAUAUUUAAUAUUUAUUCAGCAGGAAAAUAUUUAUUGGAAACAGAAGAAGACUCACUCAACAUUUGCUGAAUUUUGUAUAUAUGUUGCAGUGGAAUUUGUAUGCACUUUCCAAGUGCAUGUAUGUCUUAUGAUCAGGUUUCUUCCCCACUUCUUCCCAAAACUAACCGAAACACUUGCAUACAUACAAAACCAAAUUUGUUCGGUCAUUAUGCAGUUUUCAGUGUUUCAUAGUUUUGAACCAACAAAUGUUUGGAAAUGCUAUGCACACAUUGAUAUAGAAGUUAGGACUCUCUUUUUUUAAAUAAUUGUUUGGAGUGAGAUAGAUUAGAUACUGUCAACUAGUUUCCAUUAGAAUGUAUUUUCAUAAUCGUUUGUCAGACAAAAUGUCAGCUUAAGCUGGUAAAAGCACUCUUUUCUUAUCCUUAAAUUGCACCUCAAGUAAACUCAGCAUAAGGGAAGAAACAUUGUUGAAUGUGAACCUUUCAUUUUGACAAAACAUUUCAUAAUGUGCCUUUUUAAAACAAUGCUAUUUAUGUAUUUAUUUUGAAGCCUCAUAGUAAUAAACCCUUUAUUUUGUGUUCAUCUGUUGGAAUGAAACCUACAAAAGAACCUGUCCACAUCUGCUGCUGCAUAAUGAUCAAAAGCAUGUGAUGGAUGUUUGCAGUAGGGUCAACGAAGUGAUACACUGUGUAUAAAGAACAAAAGAUGAGUGAAAAAGUAGCAAUAACUCCAAUGCAUUUUCUGUUGAUCUGAUGUCUCAAAUAGAUUCUUAAUUCCUAAAUGUCCCUUUUUAUACUUGACUGGUUUGAUAAAGGACAGCCUGAAAACUGUUAACUUUUUUUUAUUUUUUACAUUUGAUGUCAUUAGACAUUAAAUGUUUUCUAAUGCAAGGACGGCGCCUGUUUCCCCUUGCAUUUGGUAAUGCAUGUCUGAUGAAUAGUGCAAACAUUUAUUUUGUGAAAUAAAACAAAUUUUACC